UGUCUCCAUUAACAGCCAGUAAAUAUUUAUUUUAUUCAUAACUUCAAACUGGAGUAAAGGCUCAUAUUCAGUUUCUGAUAACGUUACUAUAGUAGCAUAUUUUUUUCCUAAACGUGACGUCAAGCACGAUAACAAUUAAACGACACUUGUCCUGGGAAAAGACAGCAGUUGGAGCAACAUGAGUCUGAACGAGCAUUCACUGCAAGCUCUGUCCUGGAGGAAGCUGUACCUGAGUCGAGCUAAACUGAAGGCUUCUAGUCGGACAUCAGCUCUGCUUUCUGGAUUUGCUAUGGUGGCUAUGGUAGAAGUGCAGCUGGACAACAGCUAUCCUUACCCACCUGCUCUACUCAUUGCCUUCAGUGCCUGUACCACUGUGCUUGUGGCUGUCCACCUGUUCGCUCUGAUGGUCAGCACCUGCAUUUUGCCCAAUAUAGAGGCUGUCAGCAAUGUCCACAACCUUAACUCUGUGAAGGAGUCUCCACAUGAGCGAAUGCACCACCACAUUGAACUGGCAUGGGCUUUUUCUACAGUUAUUGGUACCUUACUCUUCCUAGCCGAGGUGGUUCUACUCUGCUGGGUCAAAUUUUUGCCAGUUAAGCCCAAUAAGUCCAGUAAUAAUACAGUUUCAGCUGGUGUGGCUGCUGCUAUUACCUCCACCUCUAUUAUGGUUCCUUUUGGUUUAGUAUUCAUAGUGUUUGCUGUGCAUUUCUACCGCUCCUUGGUUAGCCACAAGACUGACAGACAGUUUCAGGAGCUGGAGGAACUCUCUAAUCUCACCAGGCUACAAAAUGAGCUGGACAACAGAGGGGAGUCUUCCAUCUUGCAGUCUCCAAGCUCACAUUUCCCAUAGUGAAGUAUGGCAAAUACACAUCUAUGGUGGAACUCUUGACUGCAAGUCAGAAGCCACAUUAUUGGCUUCUAAAUUUUUACAGGAAUGAGGAUGUCUCACCUCUUUGUUGUGACAUUUACUUUUGUGAAAAGAGUUGUAUUUUUUAGAAAACAUGUUUGUUCAACUGUGAAAUCAGAAAUCUGCCGUAAUGCAUGUGACUUGAAAUUGGGAAGUCUUAAUUGAAGUUUUAACUAUAAUAGUUGUUUGAUUUAACUUAUAGACUCAUAUCUCAUAUACAUGAUGGCAGAGGCUUUUGAACAAUAACUUGGAACCCUGUCUGUUGCCUGCUGCAUUUAUUUACCUGUUUGUCAGUGAACACUGCAUUUGUUAAUAUAUAGUACCUUGUGUUUUGUAAACCACAAGUAUUUAAUUCUCCUCCUUGUUCACUGUGUACAUGAUUUCUUGUGAUGUCCACCAAUUGUUUUUGUAAUGCUUGUAGACUGACUCAACAGCUGCUAAAACAACCGUGUUAGUAGUAUAGUAUAUUUGCUGACAUCUGUAGCACAGGCUGUGGUGUUAAAAUAAACGUUUUUUAUCAAAUGCCAUUCAAAGUUUCAGAUUU